GCGCGGGGACCAUGCACCGGGAGCACGGGAUGGGCACCGGGAGCAGGGGCCGCGCUCUGAGGAGCCGUACGGGGAGAGGGGACCCUGCACUGGAGCCGCACGGGGUGGCGGGGACCCCGUACGCGUGUUGGCAUGAACAGAAUUCGGAUCCACGUUUUGCCGUCAAGCCGAGGGCGCCUUACUCCUGUGCCGCGGCCGCAGGAGCCUCUGUCCUGUGCCUUCACCCACCGCCAGUGCUCCCAGCCGCGGCUGGAGGGGCAGGAGUUCUGUAUCAAGCACAUUCUUGAAGACAGGAGUGCCCCUUUCAAGCAGUGCAGCUACGUUUCAAUAAAGAAUGGAAAGCGGUGUCCCAACGCUGCGCCCAAACCAGAGAAGAAGGAUGGCGCGUCGUUCUGCGCAGAGCAUGCCCGCAGGAACACCCUGGCGCUCCAGGCGCAGACGAAGAAGUCCAAUCCUGGGCCUGUCAGCGAGACUCUUCUGUGCCAGCUCAGCUCUUAUGCCAAAACAGAGCUGGGCUCUCAGACUGCAGAGAGCAGCCGCAGCGAAGCCAGUCGGAUCCUAGAUGAGGACAGCUGGAGCGAUGGCGAGCAGGACCCUAUCCCUGUGGACCAGACGUGGCGAGGGGACCCGGACAGCGAGGCUGACAGCAUUGACAGCGACCAGGAGGAUCCCUUGAAGCACGCUGGUGUGUACACAGCUGAGGAGGUGGCUUUGAUCAUGCGGGAGAAGCUGAUCCGCCUGCAGUCUCUCUACAUCGACCAGUUCAAACGGCUCCAGCACCUGCUGAAGGAGAAGAAGCGGCGAUACCUGCACAGCCGCAAGGCAGAGCACGAAGCCAUAGGCAGCAGCCUCCUGACAGGCCCGGAGGGGCUGAUGGCCAAGGAGAGGGAGAACCUGAAGCGGCUGAAGUGCCUGCGCCGGUACCGGCAGCGCUACGGCGUAGAGGCCCUGCUGCACCGGCAGCUGAAGGAGCGCAGGACACUGGCCACCGACAGCACGGCCCAGCAGGCCCACACCACCCGCUCCAGCCAGAGGUGCUUGGCCUUCGUUGACGACGUUCGAUGCUCCAACCAGUCCCUGCCGAUGACCAGGCACUGCCUCACGCACAUCUGUCAGGACGUGAAUCAGACUCUCUUCAAACCCUGUCAGGGCUCCGAGGACGUGCCCUGCGACAAGCCGGUUCCCGUCAGCCUGUCGGAGGAGCCGUGCUGCCCGCUGCACCUCCGGCUGCCCCCGCAGAUGUACGUGCCCGAGCAGGUCCUGGCUGUCCCCGAGGAGCUGGAAGCUGCUCCCACCGACCUCUACUUGAGCGCUGCCGAGCUCCAGCCCACGGAGAGCUUGCCCCUGGAGUUCAGUGAUGACUUGGACGUGGUGGGCGAUGGCAUGCAGUGUCCCCCAUCCCCUCUGCUCUUCGAUCCUUCCGUGGCCCUCAACCAGUCCCUCAGAGAGGUGGCUCAGGCCCCCAUAGACAUUCUGGCGCUGGAGGAGCCCCCCCACCCCGGCCUCCCUCCGCAGCCGGCACCGACCGACAGAGGAGGCUCCUCUGCCCACGUCUUCUCCCCGGCCCCCGAGCCCCCGGCCGAGCCACCGGCGCAGAGCCACCCGCUGCUGGCGGCGUGUCCCCCAGCACCCAGGGACGAGAGGCGCCUGGAGGAAGCCCCCUCUGCCCGUGGCACGGCCACCAACGGGAGCCUGGAGCUGGGCUCUGUCAGCUGAGCCUGGGGGCUUCUCCCCGUCGGUCCCUGCUGAGACCCCGGCUCUGGGACACCCCUGGGGACCUGCGGGUGUCACUGUCCUUGCCCAGCACCCCCCCGAGUGCCGGGGGCUGACACCCCCCCGUGGGGUGGGAUCCUCUCCUGCCCCCAGCUCUGCCCCUCGCUGUGGGGCUGGAGGAGAAGCCACAGGAGGACUUGGGGACGUGUGGGGUGGCUCAGGGCCUCAGAGGGUGGCUCUCUGUGCUGUGGGGCCCUUUGCUGUGGGGUUGUGCCCCCCCCCCCACCAUGCUGUGGCGGUUCCCUGAGGGGGGGGAGCUCUGGGGGUCUGUAACUUUGUGGUCCAGGAAGGAGGGUUCCUCCCAGGGGUGACCCCCACAAUAAAGCGAUGGAGAUGGGUGA